CGUGCGUACAGGCAGAGAAGAUAUUUUGCUUUUGCCUCUUGCAACCUCCAAUCAUGUGUUUAGACAUCAGCUCUCCAAGCGUCUUUCUCCGGCUAGUCCAAAUCAUUUCUACCCGGCUUGUCGGGACAGCAGCCGAGUCGUGAAGUCUCUACAGUCACGUGAUCGAAAAGGACUGAAGAGUGUGUAGUUUUUUUUUUCUCCCGGAGUGUGUAUGUGAGCGUCUCUCCGUGUGUAGUUAGAGGGAUGUCCCUCCUCCGCAUUUUUUGCUGCUUGCCAUGCUUUAGACGCUGGAGCGCAGGGAGAGAGGCGAGAGUGAGAGAGGUAACGCCGGUCUCUCUCACCCGGCUACCUAUCUUUUCAGUCUUACCUCGGAUCCCCAUCGGUUUUUCCUCAUCUUUUUGAGUCCACCUUCCUGCGGUCAGCUUGUUUUUGUUGGUUCAAAAAAGAAAAAAAGAUAGAGGGGAAAAAAACAGUGUUAAUUUUUGUCGGGUUUCCUGUGUGUACCGCGGUUCUGUUUUGCACUGGGUUUUGAUCGCUUUUUUUCUUUGGGUGCUCCAUUUGGACAGUAUAGGACAGCCGAGCAGAGCUUGGAUGAGCCGCCUCGCUGAAAUCCCGAGAUGGAGUUGCUGCUGAUCUGCCUUUCCUUGUGGAUAUUGCAAUGCAAUUCUGCCAAAGCGGACUCCAUCAUACAUAUCGGUGCCAUAUUUGAGGAAAAUGCUGUGAGAGAUGACGAGAUUUUCCAACUUGCCAUUUCAGACCUGAGUCUGAAUGACGACAUUCUGCAGAGUGAGAAAAUCACCCACUCUGUAAAACUUAUUGAGCCUAACAACCCCUUCCAGGCUGUACAGGAAGCAUGUGAGUUGAUGAACCAGGGGAUCCUCGCCCUGGUCACAUCCACGGGCUGCGCAGCUGCAAGUGCCCUGCAGUCUCUGACAGAUGCAAUGCACAUUCCUCACCUCUUCAUCCAGAGAAAUGGGGAAGGUGCACCCCGCACCGCCUGCCAGCUCAACCCCAGCCCAGAUGGAGAGAGCUACACCUUGGCUGCCCGUCCACCUGUUCGAAUCAACGAUGUCCUGCUCACCCUUGUCUCAGAACUGCACUGGCAGAAGUUCAUCAUCUUUUAUGAGAGCGACUAUGAUAUCCGGGGUUUGCAAACCUUUAUGGACCAGGCAUCUCGGCUGGGUCUGGAUGUUUCCUUGCAGAGGGUGGACCGCAACGUCAGCCGAGUCUUUACUGACCUCUUCAACACGAUGCGCACUGAGGAGCUCAACCGGUACCGGGACACCCUACGGCGGGCCGUGUUGCUCAUGAGCCCCCGAGGUGCACAGGUUUUCAUCCACCAGGCUGUGGAAACGAACCUGGCAUCCAAGGACAGCCACUGGGUCUAUGCCAAUGAGGAGGUGAGUGAUGCAGACAUAAUGGAGCUGGUUCAUAGCUCUCUGGGGCGAAUGACCAUCAUCCGUCAGAUCUUCCCUAUGUGGAGAGAGACCAACGUUCGCUGUAUGAGGAACAACCAUCGCAUCUCCUCUCUGCUUUGUGACCCGCAGGAAGGCUAUCUGCAGUCCCUGGAGGUGUCCAACCUCUACCUGUAUGACAGUGUCUUGAUGCUGGCCAACGCCUUCUACAGGAAACUGGAGGACCGGAAGUGGCACAGUAUGGCUAGCCUUAACUGCAUGAGGAAGUCCACCAAGCCUUGGAAUGGAGGAUGGUCCAUGCUAGACACCAUCCAAAAGGGACGGAUCAGUGGCCUGACAGGGCUGAUGGACUUCCGCGCUGAAGGCUCUAAUUCCCAUGUGCAAUUUGAGAUUCUUGGAACCAGCUACAGUGAGACAUUUGGGAAAGAUGUGAAACGGCUGGCGUCUUGGGACUCCACUCGUGGUUUGAAUGGUAGCCUGAAGGAGAAUCGGAUAGAGAGCGGUAUGCAGGGAGUGACGCUCAAGAUUGUAACAUUAUUGGAAGAGCCUUUUGUGAUGGUGGCAGAGAAUAUUCUGGGCCAACCCAAAAGAUACAAGGGUUUUUCGAUUGAUGUCCUGGACGCCCUGGCCAAGAUCCUGGGCUUCAAGUAUGACAUCUACCAAGUCGGAGAUGGGAAGUACGGCUCAGCACUCCCUAAUGGAUCCUGGAAUGGCAUGAUUGGAGAACUCAUUGGCAAGCGAGCUGACUUGGCUAUAUCAGCCAUCACCAUCACACCGGAACGCGAGAGUGUGGUGGAUUUCAGCAAGCGCUACCUGGACUAUUCAGUGGGAAUCCUGAUGCGCAAGUCAGAGGAAAAGAUCAACAUUUUCUCUUUGCUGGCACCAUUUGACCUGGCAGUGUGGGCGUGCAUUGCCGCAGCCAUCCCUGUUGUGGGAAUCAUGAUUUUCCUGCUCAGGCGCAUCCAGGCAGUGCGCUGCCAGAACAAUGCAGGAGGCCAUCCGAUGCCUUCUGUCUCCACUUCACUACAGAGCGCCAUCUGGAUUGUCUACGGUGCUUUUGUGCAACAAGGCAGUGACUCCAUCCUGGGAUCUGUGGCUCUGCGUAUUGUCAUGGGCAGCUGGUGGCUCUUCACCCUCAUUGUGUGUUCAUCCUACACAGCAAAUCUGGCUGCCUACCUUACCGUGUCACGCAUGGACAAUGCCGUCCGGUCAUUCCAGGACCUAUCCAAGCAGGCGGACUUGGUUUACGGGACAGUGAGGGACUCUGCCGUGUACGAGUAUUUCCAGGCCAAAGGCACCAAUCCUCUGGAGCAGGACAACACAUUCGCUGAGCUCUGGAAGACCGUCAACAAGAACAAUGGCUUUGAGAACUCUGUCUCCAGCCCAUCAGAGGGAAUCAAGAAGGCAAAGCGAGAGUCUUAUGCCUUUCUGUGGGACAUGGCGGUGGUAGAGUACGCUGCUCUGACAGACGACGACUGCACACUGACUGUAGCAGGAAACAGCAUGAGCACCAGAGGCUACGGCAUGGCCCUGCAACACGGCAGUCCUUACAGAGACCUCUUCUCUCAGAAGAUAUUGGAGCUUCAGGAAAAAGGUGACCUCGACAUCCUGAAGCAGAAAUGGUGGCCGAAGAAAGGCCGCUGUGACCUGCAGAGCCACGCAGACGCCCAGCCGGAGGGACGGGCGCUGCGCCUCCACAGCUUUGCCGGCGUUUUCUGCAUCCUGGCUGCAGGGCUGCUGUUGGCCCUCCUGGUGGCUGCACUGGAGACCUGGUGGAACAGCAACCACUGCCGAAGAGAGCAGCCCAAAGAGGACAAAGAGGUGAACCUGGAACAGGUCCACCAGCGUUUGAACAGCCUCCUGGACGAGGACUUGGCCCACAAGCAGCUGCCAGGCCAGUCUAUCGAGAUCUCUGCCCUGGAUAUUGGCAGCAUGCAGCCCAGCCAGUCCCUGGAGGUCUUGUCUGCACGGGACUACCCAGCCCAUCGGGGGCCGCCGCGGCUCUCUGUGAGCACCUUCCUCCAGGAGGGUCAUGGGGCAGGAAGGACACUGGGCGUGGCCCCUGGCAGGACCUUGCCCCUGCCCCUCAGCAGUGCCACCAUGCCCUCUAUCCGCUGCAAACACAGGGCACCCAAUGGGGGGCUCUUCCGGCAGAGCCCAGUCAAGACACCCAUGCCAAUGUCCUACCAACCAGUGCCAGGAGGACCCAUCCCAGAAGCCAGUGAGCCCAGCCACGGGACAUCCAUCUGAGCACACCCAAUAUUCACAGACACUCAAGCUCAAACAGAUUAGCGGAGAGCUAAACAGAGUGCUAACGAUGUGAAGAGAGAUAAAUAAAACAUAAAAAAGGAUUUUUAUUACCAGUGAUGAAGAGUCAGUGGGAUGACACAUGACAAGACACUGAGACUUUAAUGUACAUAUUUGUAAGUACAAAGAGAGAGAGAGAAGCAACAUUAAAAGUGUAUUUUGAAUAUUCUCAACAGUUGAGUUUAAAAAACAUAAAAGUAUAAAAAAAAAAAAAGGACUGUUUGAAUGGCUUUGUAAAUUUUGUUCUAAAUGAAUAAAGGUGACAAUUCUUUGUGGUUGUUUUCUAAGUGCCAAGUUCAGAUGUUUUCUUUCAGAUCAACAUUAAUUGAAUGUACUGUAAGAAUUCAUGAUAAAAGAUAUUUCACACUUCAAAGACAUUGGAAGAAUCAAUUUGUUUCAUAUGAAAAAAAUAAAAAGCAUAAUACA